AUGGGGAAUAGCAACAGUAGGUCGACUUUCAGAGAAACAAUUGAUAAAAUGCUCACGAACACUGCAAGUGAAUUGGACGAAAACUAUUGAAUUGACAUAUUUAAAGUCCCUGAAAAAGCUGAAGAUAUUUAUUUUGAAAUCACCCCAGCCUUCGUUAAAGAACUCUUAAAUAAGCAGCCUACAAAUUUGGCAAACAUGCUUAGAUUAGCCACAAAUAUAAUCCAAUGUGUUUCUAAACAAGAAACUGAGUGUGAAAGAAUCAUUGUUCUCAACUCCUUAAGAAUUAUCUCAAAACUGCUUCCUAUUCUACUAGAAACAGAAGAAACUAAAAAUCUGAUAUAUGAAAAUGGGUUAGGCUUUGAAAUUGUUGAUGGACUUAUGGGCUUAUUAUUCACCCACAAUUUCAGUAUAAGUUAUCAGAGUAGCGUCAGUCCUUAUGAAUUUGACCCAAAUCGAUGCUGGAAUUCUGGCUUUAUUUCUGGAGAGAUGCAUUACUCAACAAUUCUGAUGAAUGAAAAUCGUGUCGAAAUACUCAGAGCAAUUUUAGCUUGCUGCUGUCAAACUUUAUACACAGAUAUAAAUAAUGCUGGGACUUAUGUGAAUCCUUGAGCAUGAAUGAUAACUUCUAAUGAGAUGAGAUAUAGUAAAGAACUUUUUUUUAGCUUGCUAAAUACUGUUUUUGCUUAUCCCACUGAUAGAUUUAAUGCUGCACUUUCUGAUCCUUUAGGAAUGGUAGAAAAAGAAGCUUCUUUAUCAAGUCAAGUACUAAUUAUGCUUUUAGACUCUAAAACUCCAACUCCUCAACAAAUACAAGAAAAUUGGGAGCUAAAAGGAAUUUACGAAAGCUUGCAAAAUUUGCAUUCAGAACUGCAAGGAUUUUCUGCUGAACUUUCUCCUUUGAAGCUGGAGAAUGCUUUUGCUACUUAUUUAAGUGAAAUAAAUGACCCAUCGCAUUUUAAGUUUAUUGUAGAAUGCUUCAGUGAGCAGCUUAAUACAGUAGUCGCUUAUAACUCUUCUUAUUUAUUUAGCUCUAUUGCAGAAGUGCCAUUUUAUCAAGAGUUAGUGGUUUUACUAUGACAGGUUAUAGGCAAUAAUCAAAAUUUUGAAAAAUAUUUGAUUAAAAAGAAAAAGAUUUUUGGAAUUCUUGAUUCACUUAUUUUUUCUAUAUGAAAUUUAAAAGACAAGUCAGGAAAAGUGGGGGUUGCACAGCUUUGCAUUUUUAUCUUGCUUCAUUUUUCAAGUGAAAGGGAGUAUUCGAUAAAAGUAGCUGAGCCAUAUGAUGGACAUCUAAAUAUAGACAUUCCAGGCGCUGAAAAUUAUUAUGAUUUAAUUAUAGGGAUUGCACACAAUAUUAUUAUAAACCAAAGCUACUUAAUAGAAGCGAUUUCUACUUUGAUGAUAAUUGUCCUUAAUCAUUCAGCAUAUGUGAAAAAAAUCAGCAAUUCUUCAGCCUUAAAGCUUUUUGCGAUUUUUGAGCAUUUUGCAGCGAAAAAAUUUUUAUAUAAAGAGUCUGGAAAUUAUGGAUAUUUAUAUCAAAUUUUGGAAGUUUUUAAUCAUAGACUUCAGUGCCAAUGGGAUGGAAGCGCUAGCCUGAUUUAUUUGCUUAUAAGCAAUAAGAAUUCUUUUGAUAAGUUGGUGAAUAUGAAAUAUGAGCAUCCAAGUGAUAGCAGCUAGAAUAUAUAUAUUAAAAUAAAAUAUGGUGGCUCGGCAAGUCCUCCUAACACUGCGGCUGUGAUACGAAGAGGGCUCGCGAUCUUGUGGAAGGGAGAGCACACUCCGAAGAUGUAUAUCAGGCCAGAUAUUUUACUUACUGGCUAUGCUAUAGAGUUAUCUCUUCUCUCAUUCAGGAAGUUUUUUUCUUCACGAGGAAAUAAAACUGGAGUUGCAAAAGGAAACCUAGCACUGGCUAGGAGACCCUCUAGCCAAUCAAGCAAUUUCCUAGGGUCAUAUCAGGCAUUGCAUCUUAUACUUAGGGUUUCCAUCUUGACCACAAAGGAUCCAAGAAUUUCUGGAAAGCAACUUAAGUUGUGGUUUUCUGAUUUCUAGGAAGCAAGUGCAGGUCAUUUCUGGAAGGAGCAGCAGACUGAAGCAAGCAAUGGAUCGAUAAUUGAGGUGAGAGUUACCUUCGGACUGUGAGGGAGCUUCUGAUAAAUUAUUAACUAAAUUGUAGCAGCUGGGAUAUUAAUGAAGAUUGAUUCAGGAAAUGGAAAAACGAUUUGCCUAUUGGGUUAAUAAUUACGUUAUACCGUGAUAUGCUCCCAAGAAUAGAAAAAUUAUGCACCUUAAACACCCAAACGACAGACAUCGAAGUCAUAGACUUUUUAUCUGAAAGCACAAUGGUAGGAAUUUUUCCAGUUCCACAUGCUUUAUUUUUCAGAAAAUUCCAUGGCACAAAGCAGAUUUUAGGAUGGCUUACAUCACUAUUAUGGGGAACUAUUUACAUCAGGGGUCAAAUCCUUCCUAUAUUUGACUUAAGCGCAAUAAAAUUAUUCACUGUUUCUGCUGGCCAAGCUUCUAAUUAA